AUGCGCCUGGCAAGCUUCGCGCUGCUUGCUCUGAGUGCUGCAACGGCAGCUUUGAGUCUCCCGAGUCAGCAACAUCAGUUCCCCUUGGUCUUGCCUAGCCCUGCCAGCACCAUCGAGGAGAGCGGCGACGAGGCUUAUUGGGCAUCGGAAGAAGGUGUGGGUCAUUUCAGCCAAUGGUCCAAGGCUCAAAAGCGCAACUUUGUGGACGAUGUUCGGGAUGGCAAAGCAAACGAGUGGAUCUUGGUGAUGGGAAAUGAAGGUGGAGACCUGGACAGCAUGACGGCAGCUUUGACCUGGUCUUAUCACCUCUCGCACCAGCAUGCCGAUACGAACAAGACCAUCGCUCUCCUGCAGACUCCUAGAGAUGCAUUGGACCUUCGGCCGGAGAACAAGUUGGCGCUGAGAAACGUCCUCAUGUCGCCUGGACAUCGUGAUCUCCUCACCAUCGACGAGCUGCCCUUGCCUGCCGAAGAGAUUGCGGAACAGCUCAAGAGCAUCGUUCUGGUGGAUCACCCCGCUCCUCUCAGCGUUUGGCAAAAGGCCAAAAUUCGCUCCAUCUUUGAUCAUCAUAGGGAUAGAGGAGCUGCUCCGGAUGCCAAGCCUCGCCUAUUCGAGGGCACCGCUAGCUGCACGACCAUCGUGGCCCGGACGAUGCUGGACGAAUUAGAACGCCGAAAAGAGGGAGAGUAUCACAUGCCUCACGAGGUAGUCGAGCUGAUCCUGUGAGUCGCCUCAAAUGACACAACAGGCCUAUGGAAUCGCAAUCUAACGAUAGCCCCACGUAAAUGCAGCGACGCAAUCGCGCUGGACUCGGAUGGACUGAGCAAAGGCACGCCGGCGGACAAGUUCACAGCUGCAAGGUUGCUGAAGCGUAGCAACUGGAGCAAGCAAAAGCUGUACGAUGUGAUGGAUCGUCUGGACAGCGAGAUGAAGAAGGCAAAGAAAGAUCUGGAAGAGUUGGGCGUGCGGGAUCUUUUGCGGCGCGACUGGAAAGGUCAGAGAUGAGAGCCUGCGCACAACACCUUUUUCCUUUUUGUGGGGAGGGGGCUAAUCAGACCAGCGCUCCGUCUUUGCCCUUCACAGGCGACUUGGUAGAGACGCCUGAAGGCAAACCCAACGUCCAUCUAGGUUUGGCAUCCAUCCCAAUCUCCUUGGAGGACCAAAUCGAGCGAACUCUGCACAACACUACGCAAGCCUGGUUCGUUACGGAAGAAAAGUGGUCAGAAGGUGAGCCAUGGGUCUGCUCUCUUCUCUCACAACUCACAAAACAACCAAGGCACUCAAAUCUUUAUCGCGUAAUGUCUGAGCAGAAAUCGGUGCGGACAUUACGUUGGCUUUGAAUUCUUUCAAGGAGCGCGACUCGCACAACAAGAAGAUCAAGACGAGAGAGAUUGUUCUGGUCGUUCGUCCCAAUGACAAGUUGACGGAGAAGGAUUCGGACGAGCUCUUCCAGAUCAUUUCGAACGCCGUCGAGCAGAGCCCGUUUUUGGAUGCUCAGCCUUGGAAGAGGGCAAAGGAGCUCACUACGAGACAGUGAGUGCGACUCUUGCAUUGCGACCUGUGCUAGGGCAAGACACGAACAUUUCUCAACAGCCAAUGCAUUCCUUUCUCCUCCUCUCAUCUCGUCUCGUCUCGUAUUUGAUGCAGAAUGGUCUGGACGCACCAUAUCGCUAGCGGAGGAAGAAAGCUGAUUCGUCCCAUCGUCGAAGACGCCGUCGCAGCUUGGCGUUUGUAG